CAUGGACCAUAUACAUAUUUCUUGAGAGUUUGGAGACAUUGAAAUUUCAAAAUCUUGUCUCUGGUUAAACCUCGGAACUAGAGACACGGUAUGGUCUAUAAUAUGAAGUCACUUUUAUUUAUAAGCUCUUCUUUCUCUCAUCUCAUCAUAGUCUUAAAUCUCUCCUUCUCUCCAACAUUGGGUUGUAUCUUUAUCUUUAGUAAUUCAUCAUGAGAAUGCUUCUUGGUCUCGUGUUUCUAUUGGCCUUAACCAGCUACUCAAGUGCAACUUACUGUCUAUGUAGAGAUGGAGUUGCAGAGAAAGAUCUUCAAACGUCGAUAGACUAUGCAUGUGGAGUUUUAGGAGAUUGUAAUCAAAUCCAUGAGAAAGGUCCUUGUUACCAACCCAACAAUGUCAAGGGCCAUUGUGAUUGGGCAGUGAAUAGCUAUUUCCAAAGAGCCCGUCAAGUUCCUGGAAGCUGUAAUUUCUCAGGAACUGCUACUACCAGUCCAAAUCCUCCUUCAACUGUGGUUACUGGUUGCAUCUAUCCUUCAAGUCCUGGAAAUGCUGGGACAGGAGCUCCAGGGACACCGACCUUUCCAGGACCUCCUGCGUUUGGUCCGACCGGAAUUUUUGAUCCUUCAGGGAAUGAUGCUUUGAGUUUGAUCACUGCAAUAGCACUCACACUUGGUUUCUCCGUCAUUGUGUUUCUAUAUUAGUAUGACUAGUCUUUUACCAAAAAAAAAAAUAUUAGUAUGACUAGCAAGUGGGGUUAAGGAUUUAGAUCGAAGGAUGAAGUUUUGCCACAUAUCAAUGCAAGUUCUUUGAGGCAGACAUCCACUUAGGUUGCUUUUCUUGAAGUUAGGCUUUUCUUAUUUCUGUUUGUUUCUUUCUUUCUUUCAUGUAUGCAAUGCAAUGUAAGUAAGAGUUGAUGGAAUCUUUCUUUUUAAGUGUUA